AUGUCAAAGCAGGAGAAAAUGGCUGGCUCUAGGCAGAAAAUGAACGCUGUCGAGGUCAAUGCUUGCUGGGUUGAAGCAAUUAAUAAGGAGAAUAAGAACAGAGUUUUGAAGGAAGACUUUUCCCUCAACCCUAAGAACCUCAUAGUUAUCAGUGAGAAACCAAACAAUAUGAAAUAUGAUUAUUCAAAGGGUCCAAAAGGUGAAGACUCUAAAGAAGAAACCAAAGAUGAUGAGCUUGAGGCGAAGCUAAAUACACUUUCAGCUGUUCCAAAAACAAAAUACCCAAUUCCAAUGACUUCUAGCCAAGAAAUUGGUUGGGAUCUUGGAGAAAUUGAUUACACGAAGCGUUGGAAUAACUCUAAGAAGUCUUGUAGCGAGACUAAAUAUGCAGCUGAUUAUGUGACAAUGACUAAGGCAUCUCCUUAUGCAAGAAAGGGGGCUCAAGAUGCUAAGAAGUAAUAU